AUGGUGGAUGAUAGGGAAACGGGUGCAGAGUCAAGCCAUAAUAUGAAUGAUGAUCUUGGAGACUUUUUUCAGUUGAUGCAAGAAGGUCAAGAGAGUUUAUAUGAAGGGUGUGAUAAAUAUUCUAAACUUUCUUUCUUGAUCAAGUUGUAUCACAUCAAAUGUAUGUGCAAAAUAACUAACAAGGGAAUGUCCAUGAUACUAGAGUUGUUAGCCGAUGCUUUUGGACAUGCUAAAAUACCAAGCUCAUUCUAUGAGGCGAAGAAAAUUAUUAACAAGCUUGGUCUUCAUUACACAAAAAUUGAUGCUUGUCUAAAUGAUUGCAUGUUGUACUUUGGAGAAUACGCAAAUAGGGACUUUUGUAAGAAAUGUAAAACAUCUAGAUGGAAGGCAAAAAAGAAAGGUACAAGUGACAGUGGUACAAGUAAUAAAAGAAAAAAGAUUCCUGCAAAGGUUUUAAGGUAUUUUCCUCUAAAGCCACGCUUACAAAGGAUGUUUAUGUCUUCUAAAAUAGCUGAGGAUAUGCGAUGGCAUGCAUCAAAAAGUACAAAUGAAGACAUCUUAAGGCAUCCAAGAGAUUCUAAGGCAUGGAAGACAUUUGACCUUAAACAUCCUCAAUUUUCCUCAGACCCUCGAAAUGUGAGACUUGGUUUGAUUACUGAUGGGUUUAAUCCAUAUGGUAAUCUAAGCACCAGUUAUAGUAUUUGGCUAGUUGUACUCAUACCGUACAACCUUCCUCCUUGGAUGUGUAUGAAACAAAGUUCCUUUAUUCUCUCUAUGAUCAUUCCAGGAAAGCGAGCUCCAGGAAAUGAUAUUGAUGUAUAUUUACAACCACUAAUAGAAGAGUUGAAAGAGUUAUGGAGCAUGGGCAUAAAAACUUUUGACUCAUAUGGUGAUGAAGUGUUUGAUAUGCAUGCAGCCGUAUUGUGGACUAUCAGUGAUUUUCCAGGUCUUGGAACUCUAUCUGGAUGGAACACGCAUACUAGGUUGGCAUGUCCUAGAUGUAAUUUUGACACAACUCCUAAGAAGCUUCUUAAAGGUGGUAAAUUUUGUUUCAUGAGUCAUCGUCGUUGGUUAGAUGGGAGGCAUAGAUUUAGACUGGCUCGCAUGAGAUUUGAUGGAACUAUAGAAAAUAGAAAUCCACCUGUGGUAGUGUCAGGAUAUGAUGUCUUACAACAAGUUGAAAAUGUCAAUGUUGAAUUUGGGAAAGAACCAGUACUUGAAGAAUGA